AUGGACUACUUUUUACUUGCCGUUACAAUAGUAUUAAGUUUGCUUUUACUAGCAGCUAAUUUUUAUAUUCUCGCAUUGUAUUGCCACAAGGAUGAUAAAGGGUGGGGUGCUGCUACAUACUGUAAAAUAUUGGUCAUAUUAGGAAUGACAUUAUGUUGGGCUUAGGUGCUAAUGCUGCCUCUAGACAUUGCCAAUUCUUAAAAUAAUGCUGGAUUUGAUAUGGUUACUUUCUGGUAUGUAAUUAUGUUGAUAAUCUUGGCUACUAUAGUACUUUUAUUGCCUUUCGCAAUGUUUAUGUAUGAAACUGAUGAAGAAAAACCAUUCAUGUCUAGAGUUUGCACAUCUUUUUGUUUCACGAUGAUUGAAGCUGUUGUUGUAACAUUGCUUCUUGUUAUUUCAUGGAUUUUCUUUAGAUAUGCUGAUAUUCCAGUUAAAAUUAUUUCUAGCAGCAAUCUUGUAGAAUUCAAUACCCCUAUAACUUCUGUAAUGGUAAAACAAACUACAAGUAAUACAAAGCUGACAAUGGAAACAAGUUUCCCUAUCUACUGUAUUGCAUUUAUGACUUUUAUUGGAUGGUUUUUGCUCGUAUUAUUUGGAGGAGUAGGCUUGAGUGCCUUACCUAUUGAUUUAAUUAGGGAAUUUACCAUGAGACCUUAGUUGAUGAAUGCAAAAGAAGCAAGGGAUAAGAAAAGCCUUAUUUAAAAAAAGGUAGUCGAGCUUAUGGAUGUCGGAAAAAAUCUAAAAGAUGAAGAGUUAUAAGUUAAGAGUUAUGAUGGAGGAUGGUGGUCUAAGAGAAAGAUGAGAAAAGAUUUAGAAACAAAAGAAAAUCUUUUAUCAGUAUCAGUUUAUGAACUUGAAAGAGAAUUUGACAUAUUUUAAUUGGAAUUAAAAUUCUCAGAAUCUACCAAUAAAUUUCUUGGGCCAUUAGUUUUUGUUGGUAAAUUGAUUUUGGGUAUUAUGUUCUGUUUCAUUUCCCUUGCUUUGUGGGUACAUAUAUUGGUUUAUUGUGUCCUUGAUGCUCACCCUUUCUUAAAUAAUAUGUUUACUGGCUUAUUAAAAACACCAGCUUCAUUUAUUGCAACAGGCUUAUAUGCAUUUAUAGGUUUAUAUAUUCUUUGGUGCUGCUAAAAAGGAAAUCUUAAAGUUGGUAUUAGAAUACCAUUUAUUAUGAAAAUUCAUCCCAUGAAAGAAAAUGAAACUUGGAUGAAUUCAUUUUUAUUUAAUGUAAUAACUCUUUUAAUAUGCUCAGUAGCUGUAACAUAGUUCAUGGUUUCAGCCUUUAACUAUUAUGCCUACUUAACUACUAUUGAUUGUAUUAUAAAUGUUUAAAUUUAGUAUAUGAGAUGGUUCAGACUUUUUUAUGAGCAAAAAGUAUUUUAAAUAGCUUUCCUAGCCUGGUCUGGUUUAACUUUCUUAGUAUUGAUGAUAAGAAGAUCAGAUAAACCAUCAGAAUUAAGAGAAUUAGAAAGAUUAAGAAAUGAGAGAAAGGACAUUCAAAAGAAUUGA